UCAUAUAUUCUUUCCAAAAAUGUAAUUCCGGCAUAAUGAUUAGCCUGAAAUCUGCUCUUACUGCUACUAGAUUUCUCCAAAGCUACUUUUGUUGUCUUAAUAAUAGCCCCUAUGCAUAUCUAACUGCCAGCCUACAAACCCUACUCUUACCCCUAAAACCUCAAGAAACUUCUUGUCUGAGAGAGAUUCACUUAUAAAAAUAAUGUCAGAGCUUCAGAGUUCUCUGCAACUUCCUGUGUUGGAUUUGACACAACCUCUUCAACCUUCUGUUCUGUUGUCUCUCUCAAAGGCCUGUCGAGAGUGGGGAUUCUUUUAUGUCACCAACCAUGGAAUCUCCAGAGAUUUGUUCAGCAGAAUCUAUUCCUUGUCCAAACAGAUCUUCAGUGUUCCUCUUGACUCGAAGCUUAAGCUUGACCCUUUCUCUUCUCUCAAAACGUACACUCCCCGUUUCAUCGCUUCCCCCUAUUUCGAGAGCCUCGUAGUCUCUGGACCCGAUUUCUUUGCUUCAGCAAAGGCUUCUGCAGAUGUGUUGUUCCAAGAUCAUAAACCAGAAUUAAGCGAGAGUCUGCAAGAGUACGGAACUAAAAUGGCAGAACUAUCGAAAAGAAUCAUAAAGAUUCUCUUGAUGACCCUAGGAGAUGAUGCCAAGAAGAGAUUUUACAAACCUGAGUUCGAUAAAUGCCACGGAUACUUGCGUGUAGUGAACUAUACGCCUCCAAAGGACGUAGAGGACAGACAAGAACCAGUGGAAGGGCUCGGAAUGCAUACAGACAUGAGCUGUGUAACGAUACUCUACCAAGAUUCUGUCGGCGGCCUCCAAAUGAGAUCCAGGGAAGGAAAAUGGAUCGACAUAAAGCCAUGCGAGGAUUCUCUGGUGGUUAAUGUCGGAGAUCUGAUGCAGGCUUGGAGCAAUGGACGGCUGAGAUCUUCCGAACAUCGGGUUGUGCUCAGAAAGCUGGUGAACAGAAUCUCUCUGGCGUUUUUUCUGUGCUUUGAGGACGAGAAAGUGGUACUUGCGCCGCAAGAAAUCGUGGGCGAGGGCAACUGCAGGAGCUACAGAUCGUUUGUCUGCUCAGAGUAUCUGAAGUUCAGACAGAGCAAUGAAGUGGGGAAGUUUGAGAAAAUCGGUUACACUGUGAAAGACUUCGCCGGGAUAAAGCCUCAGCUGCUAGAUCCUUAAGGUAGGUACGUUUACUGGUUUUCCGGUUUAGAAAUCGCUAAACCGGUUCUGUUUUACGAGAGGAAAGAAAAUAAAAACCGGGA